CUCUUUCUCCUCUUUUGCUAACCCUUUUCUCUCUUCUUCCCUUCAAUCCAAUAACAAAACCCACCCAAUAUAUCUAUAUAUAUAUAUAUAUAUAUAUAUUUAUCACAAAAAGAAAAAUAAGACAACCCCAAGAGAGCAAAAAUGUCAAAUAGAGGGGAACUUCAAGAAAAUUUAAAAGCGCCAUUAUUAGAAUAUUCAUUUUCAGACUUACAAAAAGAACAAGUACAAUUUUAUAAUGAUGAAGAAAUACCUCUGCAUCAAAGAGUAUGGAUCGAAACCAAGAAGCUCUGGCGGAUUGUCGGCCCUGCCAUCUUCAGCCGCAUCGCAUCCUACUCCAUGUUCGUCAUCACCCAAGCCUUUGCCGGCCACCUCGGCGACCUUGAGCUCGCCGGCGUGUCUAUUGCCACUACUGUCAUCCUCGGUUUCGACUUCGGCCUCUUGCUAGGGAUGGCGAGUGCGCUGGAGACACUCUGCGGGCAGGCGUACGGGGCGAAGAAGUACCACAUGCUGGGAGUGUAUCUGCAGCGUUCAUGGAUAGUUCUGUUCCUCUGCUGUGUGGUGUUGCUGCCGCUCUUCUUCUUCGCGACGCCCAUUCUGAAGCUGCUGGGGCAGCCGGCGGACGUGGCGGAGCUGUCGGGGAAGGUCGUCAUGUGGUUCAUUCCUGUCCAUUUCAGCUUCGCGUUUCAGUUUCCUCUGCAGAGGUUUCUGCAGAGCCAGCUGAAGAACAGCGUGACGGCUUGGGUGAACUUGGCGGCGCUCGUGGUUCAUCUGCUUAUCAGCUGGCUGAUUGUUUACCGGCUGCAGCUGGGCUGGGCGGGUACGGCUCUGACGCUGGAUUUUUCGUGGUGGGUCAUCGUCUUCGGGUUGUUUUUGUACACCGUUUGCGGCGGCUGCUCGCUGACGUGGACGGGCUUCUCCGUCGAGGCGUUUUCCGGGCUGUGGGACUUUCUUAAGCUCUCGGCUUCUUCCGGUGUCAUGCUUUGCUUGGAGAAUUGGUAUUACAGGAUACUGGUUGUGAUGACUGGGAAUCUUGAAAACGCCAAGAUUGCGGUGGACGCAUUGUCUGUUUGCAUGAGCAUCAACGGCUGGGAACUGAUGAUUCCCCUCGCAUUUUUUGCUGGAACUGGAGUAAGGGUAGCAAAUGAGCUGGGAGCAGGCAACGGAAAAGGAGCCAAGUUUGCGACGAUAGUAUCCGUCUCAGAAUCCGUCGCGAUUGGGCUAGUUUUCUGGGUACUGAUAAUGUUAUUCCACAAUGAAUUUGCCCUAAUUUAUACAACCAGCGAAGCAGUGCUGGGUGCAGUCAGCAAGCUCUCUAUUCUCUUGGCCUUCACUGUUCUCCUCAACAGCGUCCAACCAAUUCUUUCAGGGGUGGCUGUUGGUUCUGGAUGGCAAUCAUACGUGGCCUACAUCAACCUUGGUUGCUACUAUUUGAUCGGAGUUCCACUUGGAGUUUUGAUGGGAUGGGUUUUCCAUCAAGGAGUUAUGGGCAUCUGGGCUGGUAUGAUAUUUGGUGGAACAGCAGUACAAACAGUGAUAUUGGCCAUUAUUACAAUGAGAUGUGACUGGGAAAAGGAGGCAGCGAAGGCGACGAUGCAUGUCAGAAAGUGGUCGGAAUCGAGAAACAACGUAUCAUGAACAAUGAAAAAUGGACAAACUGAUCAUGCAAGGGUUUCAAAAUGCUUUCUAUUUUAAUUUCUAUUUAUUUUCUCGCUGAUCUCAUAGUUAAGUUGCCAAUUUUUGUUUAUUGGGUGGAAAUUAACAAAAAUCUUUCAACAAAUGUAUUAUUAUAUAUGCAACGAAAAGUAGAAAUCAGGGUUUUCUUUCUUUCUUUCUUUUCUUUUAAUAAUUAUGCUGUAACCGUGUAACGUGAUUAUUUAGUUCAUAACAAGGGAAUUUAAA